AAGUCUUUACCCGAAACAAUCCCUAAGUGAAUAGGCUUCUCUCAUUGAUUCUCGACCGUAAAAUGUCUAAGUCUGCAAUAACUGAAACGAGGAAUGUUACUUUAAUGCGCUAGGUCAUAACGUGAGUCACCUGUAAAUGACUCUCGGUAUGUCCUUUCCUUGACCAUGACGUGGUGGAAAUGGCUUUAGUUUUCAAAUGUGUCGAGACACUAAUCGUGCCUGGUCACCGCAAACUUGGUAUAAGGUACAUUUGAAGUUCAGACGGGGUGCGAUGGAGGGGUGCUCAAAAUUCAGAGUACAGCGAUGCCCUAUCCACUUAUUGAGAGUGAGAUAUUGGCCGCAGGCAUAUCUCUCAAUAUCCUACAGUACAUAUUAGACACAUGGAUUAGCCUGGUGACCAGAUGACUCGACCAAUGACGUGCCUCAGUGCGCAUAAAUUCAAACAUGGCCGUUACAGAUGUUGACAUUCGUGAUGUCACUGCGCUCUGGUCAUUCCUUCCGAGGUGACAGAUCGGUGGUGCUAAACACGGGGCUCGUGCCGAGCUAUGUCAGUUCGCAAUCAGCUGUGACCACAGGAACAUUUCAGGGAAGUGAGUGGAGCAAGCGGAAGGAGAAACAUGAAAGCAAGAUUUAAUUCGAGGGCGGCGGCUUAUGUGGCUGGUGUGGUCACAUUGAUGGAAAUUGUGCCAUGUUUAACCUUGGUAUUAGACAGACUUGUUCAAGGUUACGACGCGGGGAUAGAUAUUAAAGAUGAAUUUCGCACAAUCAUUUACGUGUCGUUUGGCAUGUACACCCUGUUUGCCGUGAUGUCACUGGUGUUCGUUGUUGGCAUAAAAAUGGAUCACAGCCUGUUAUUCGUCCCGUGGAUGACGUGGCUUGUUGCGCUCAUCGUGUUUGAGACGGUGGCCAUUACGAUACAUAAACAGACGGCAAAUGAGGCGCUACGGAAAUGGGAGCUUGCGUUCAUGAUUUCAUUCAUCAUUAGACUUGUUAUAAAUAUUGUCGCCCUGGUAAUAGCGAUGUACCAUUACAAGGAAAUGUCGGAAGGACGAGGCACCAGUCAGGAAAUGACCAGACGGCGAAUGGCUCGACUGGCUGCCAGGAGGAAUGGGGAGAGUCGCCUGACCACUGUCACAGAUGGUCGCAACAAUGGUCCACCAGGGGUCACCUUGAAACCACCGCCGUAUCUAGAAAAGCCACCAGUCUACGGCAACGACGAAAUGACACCGCCAUACAACCCUGAAUACAACACUACUCACCAGAACAUCAGCCUCGCCUCGGACUUGCUUCAGAUUAUAUCGGUUCCUCACCAGAUGGCGAUAUAGCGCAUCCAAUAACGCCACCUUUAAUUCCCUCAUCAAACUACUGCGCUCCUGAAGAGCACUUUCGUUCUCUUUUGUUUUGGUGCUACGAGUGCAAUUGAAAUAUUUUCAGCGUCAAUGUAUGAUACUCGUUAAAGUAUGUAUCGAGCGCAGAGUCAUUGUACAUUGAAUGUACCUUAUAAUAAAAUGA